AUGAGAAAUGACGGACUCAGCGAGGAAAACAAGGAGGAGCAAUUGAAGGCCGAGAAAGUGGAGGAGGAGAAGGAGAGAGAGCGCGAGCUGGCGGAGAGUGAGGAGCAGGUGGAAGCAGGGCGGGUGGUGGUUGUGGAAGAAGGGGAAGUAGUCGGAGAAACAGUUGAGGAUACGAGGCAAUAUGUGGACGAGAAUGUAAAAAAGGCCGAUGAAAGUAAAGAGAUGACGGUGUCAAAGCAUGAUGCGAUGCUCUACGGUCAACAAUUCUCCAAGAUACUGGAAGCAUCAGAGAGGAAAAUGAAAACCGAAUCAACGCUUGUUAAAAUAACAGGCAGACAUAAAGGGUAUGGAGCAACCACAACUUCCGGGGACGUUUUGCAGCAGCUAACAAGGGCUGAGAAGUGGGCAAUGAAACGGCACGUUGGUCAGUGGACAAACGUUUGCGCAUCGGCAGGUUGGUCCAUGAUUCCUUUGCUGUCAUGAAAGUGUUCUUUAUGUUCUGCCUUAGUCUUUUUGUUGGUCUCUAGUGCAAUCGCAUUUUCAAAUCUCAAUUUUAGAAUCAAAUUGUCUGCUCGACCAUAGGAGACGCCGAUACAAUGGACGACGUCUACGUCAUGUUUGGAGACGGUUUGUCUGUUGUGGAGUGCCGCAGGAUGACGAAUAAAACCUUUCCAUCUGGAACCAAGCGAACGUUCUUACCCCUGUAAUUUCUCACGCAUCACUGUAAAAUAUACUGAUUAUUGUUUGUUCAAUGAAUCUUGUUUUCGCACACUUAUUGGGCAAUCGUCUGUGUUGGUGGGCAUGCGUGUGCACAGAAGGGCUGGGUGUGGCAUUCGAAUGGCAGAGGACAUGAAAGGUCUACUUUCGUUUAUAAAUGGGCAUAAUUUGCAAAUUCAUAAGGAAAAGGGCCUGCAGACGGUACUACCUUUCAGUCGCCUAGAUGUUUUCUCGAUGUCCGAUCGUCCAUGGCGUUGUUCGAUCAGCUACUGGUUUCAUUUUUGGUUAUCCAUUGGUCUGAGUGAAUUCACAAUAGCGUUUUCGUUCAACACGUGUGUUGCUGCAGUGUGCUGCAGUGUGCUUAAUUUCUUUGGAAAUGAGCAUGGAUACAGCUGCGUUUGUGAUUGAGGAGGUGAAUGCUGCUGUAGUGAAGCAUUUUCUGGUUAUGACGGCUUUUAGACGCCGUUUAAUGCAACCUAAAGACAUGCUGCCAUUAACUGGAACCUCAGCAAUUGUCCAUUAAUUGCGUUGCAGCGAUGGAGAGUGCAACUACUUUGGGGAAACGGGGCGGAAAUUGCAGAACCGCAUACAUGAGCACAAACUGGAUACUCGGAGACUAGGCUCAAACUCAUAGCUUGCGGCUCAUACUGGAGAAAAUAGUCAGAUUUUUGACAUUCAAGGAGCAAACACCCUAAGCCUGGACACCUCAAGGACGGAGAGUGUCAUACUUGAAACUUGGCACUCAGAUGCCCACUCCAUAAGCAGGAAUCGAGACUUUCCUGCAGCGUAUAAUGUCCUGCGUCACUUCAAUGGCCAUGACGGGGACAAGACAGUCACAGGAAAACCGAGCAAACACGGUCCGUCAACUAAUUUACCUACAAAAGGAACACAAAAGCAGCCGACCACAAUUGAGGUGAAAAAACACAACACCGGAGGCCAACAACAUUCACAAACGACGGGCAGAGGACCAAGAAAAAGUUGAUCAGAUCAACGCCAACUAAUUCGCUCGUUUAUUUAAAAUUCUGGUUGAAACGUCAGAAAUGCCAUAGCCUUGAUCCGGUGUGCCCUUCAAUUUUCUAAAAUUAUCGACCCGGAUCUCUUUCGUUGGCCAACAUGGUGUAAAUCAUACAGGUGAGAAACAAAUCUGCCAAACGCUGAGCAGCUUUUUAAUUGGACAGCAGUGCUGGUAACCUUGACAAAAUGAGUUUAUUAAGCAUUUAGAACAGAAAAUACAAGAUUCUCGACACCGUAAGAGAAAACAAAUGUAAUCAUCUUCAAAUCGAAGAGAAUGUGAAAGUUACAGAAUGCCGGUCAGAAGAGGAAGUAAAUGUGAUCGCCAGAACAAAAAACCUCUUUUUCCUGGCGUUUCUGAUUCUUACUCGAACCCAUCAUCAGAGACUUCUGCGGGUAAAGGUAGUUGAAGCACAAAGACUGCAGUAAAUGAAGCACGCUGUUGCCACGGCACCACAUAAAUAAUAUAAUAAACAGUUCUCGCGAUCCGUCAUGAUGUCGUAAUUGAAGCAAUGAUGGCUUGUCAGGCCCGCAAUCCAUCCACAAGCGUAAUGUCCUCCCGGUACCUAUUCGUAACCAUCAAAGGUAGUCUAUAUUUAUGAAUGUUUGGGAGUUAAAAAAGGAACACUUAAAACUAAUUAAGCGUCCACGGUGCAUACAGGACAGUAGAGAUUUCAGGCGGUAUAACAGGAAAUUAAGGGGUUGGACAAUUAACUGCCCGCAUAUUAUUAGUGGAUAAUGUUGCGUUCCUAAAACUCUUGUUUUACGGACCGAUUACAUAAAUGUUUCGUGUGACUGAUCUCUCAUUUGGAAAAUAUGAAAAAGCUAUGUGGCCGAUUUAUCUAUUGGUCACUAAACUUGCGAAGUAAACUUAACAGUAUUGAAGUUUGCUUUGUCUUUAAUUAUAAAUGUUUGACACUUCUUAGAGGAACACGAAAAACUAGUUAUGCGUCCACGGCGCAUACAGGACAGUAGAGAGAUCAGGCGGUAUAACAUGACAUUAAGGGGUUUGAUCUUUAACUUUUCGUCUAUUAAAUAGCAAAUAAUAUUGCGUCCCAAAAUUCUUCUUUUACAGAACUAUUACUCAAAUGUUUCGCGUGACUGAUCCUUCUCUUGGAAAAUAUGAAACAUUUAUGUGGCCCACUUUUCUAUCGAUAUCAGUAUUUGAGCAAAAAAUGUGACAAUAUUGAAGGAUGAUUGGUCACCCAUCGUGUGCUAAAAACCACUUAGCCAUUUACCCAAUGAGGCAGAAGCCUUGACCGAGAGCACUCGACACGAAAUCAGCAGCCCGUCUGGUUGGUCUUUAAGAUUACUCUUAAUUACCGCAGUAUCCUGCUUACGAAAACAUCGUCGCAUAAAAUCCUGCUCACCAGUUUAAUGCGUUUGACAUCUUAAAAUUCCGUCUUUUCUGCGAAAGUAGCCACAAUUUAUGCUCACACUCUAGGCCAGGGGCUCUGAAGCUAUUUUCCGCGAAGAAUGAAAUGCUAUGAUGACUGCCUUUGUGUCACUAAGAUUUCCUUUUCCCACGGUGCCUAAUCUAGGUUAAACUGGCCUUUAUUUUUAUAUCACAUUGUCUAUUGAAUGUACCCCUCAUUGUAGUCAAAAGGUCUUAGUCUAUCCUUCUGCGUUAUUCGGUAAAUUGCUAAGUGGUUUCCAGCUCAAGAUGAGUGACAAGGCAAACUUCAAUUCCGUAAAUUUUCUGCCCAAAUGUUAACAUCAAUAGAUAAAUCGGUCGCAAUUCUUCUUCAACUUUUGCAAAUGAGAGAUCAGUCACACGAAACAUUUUGGUAAUGCGUCUGCGAAACGAGAAUUUUAGGAACGCAGCGUUAUCCGCAAUUAAAUAGACGGGCAUUUAAUUGUCCAACCCCUUAAUUUCAUAUUAUAACGCCUGAAAUCUCUACUGCCCUGUAUGCGCUGUGGACGUAUAAUUAAUUUUACGUGUUCCUUUAUGAAGUCCCAAGCAUUGUAAAUUAGAUGCUGCCUUUGAUGAAUAUAAAUAAGUUAAAGAACCUUCUUUAAGUCUUUUACUGGCCGAGGACUCAGAACAAUUGUAAUUUUGUUCGUAGGCUUCUGGCUUAACUGCUGAAAAUGGGAAAUUUUCAGUUAAGAAGUUUUUAAAUGUCUUUCGACCAAGGAUGAAACUCAGACGUAAUAGGCAUUUCAAUCUUCGAAUUGAUAUACAAACCUAAGCUUUUGUAAAUCGUAGACUCCAUAAAAACUUACAGAGAAUACAUCGGUAUUGAACCGACAAUCAAAAACAGUAUGAGUCUUACAAGUUUCAAUGCCAUUGCUCUUCAUAGUUUAUCUACAGAUAAAAACACUUAGGUAAGAUCUUGAAGCCGACAAUGGAUCAUGUUUCUGCAAUGUAGAAUUCAAUGUGCAGGACUGAAGAGAAUACAACGGGGUCUAUCCGAGAAAAUAGUAAAAUUUUGGGGUUGCACAUGCAGCCUACAAAUUGCAAUAGCAGCUGUGUAAUGGGGGGAGUAAUAGUGGAGAAAAUGUAGAAGAAGUGAAAGAAGGAGGAGAUUGCGAAAAAAGAAGAUGAGGAGGGAUAGGAAAAACGAAUAGAAAGAAGCUAAGGAAGAAGAAGAUGAAGAAGAAAAAGAAGAAGAAGAGGGAGAGGCAGGAUAAGUGGAACGUUGAGGAGGAAGGAGGGAGAGAGGAACCGGAAAACGGGAAGAGACCAGGAAGAGAAAUAAGAAAGUGACGAAGUGGGCAGGAGGAAAGGGAUAAGGAGCAGGAGGGAGAGGAGGAAGAAGAAGAAGAAGAAGAAGAAGAAGAAGAAGAAGAAGAAGAAGACGAAGAAGAAGAAGAAGCGAAGCAGUGGUGUGUCGAAGUAAUAGCGCUUGAUGCAAGGGUUGCGAUUCCAUAGAACGAACGCAAAAAUCGGCCUUGGUAGCCGCACAGGCUGCUAAAAUAACCAGAAACUCCAUCUAUGCCGCCGUUACUCUCUGGUGUGACUACCUCCUCUUUACCCUCUGACAACAUACGGAAUCCUAUGAGUAAGAUAUUAUAUAGUAGUGAAUUGGAAAGCUAUCUCAAGCUAGUGUGGUGCACCGAGAUAUGCUAUCUACAGCCGUCAGGCUUCAUGACUUCGGCUCGACACCGGAUGCGGACGGUGUAUUAGGCGAGACAUGUAAGAUUGUUUUACAUUUCCGACACACUUUCUGUGAUCGUGGUCGGCGUAUGCUCCGUCCCAGAUAACUGAGUUCAUUUUCCGUUAAGGGAUAUUUAGCCUUUCAACGAAAAGAUUUCAGUUUCUGUCGCGAGGGUGCACAAUCAACGUAACUGAGCAUAUGAUUAUCACAACGGCGCAUUGCAGCGCGCGAAGCGCUUGACGUCAAAGGAGACCACCAACAUUCAAGAAACGACGGUACGAGGGCCAAGUCAGUAGAAGAAGAAAAAAUUUAUCAUCUCAAGACAAAAUAAUUCGACCACUCAUUCAAAAUUCUGAUUGAUUUUUGCACUAAACACCUUGAUAUUUGGCAGCUGACCAAGCUGCCAGAAAAUUCAGCAAUGCAAUACCCUUGAUUCAUAUCGCACAUCAGUGUUCACAGACUAUCUACCCGGAUCCCUUUCGAUAAAGACGCAGGUAUAAUCUGUAUACCGAACCCACAAUUUAGCUCUGUCUCAUCCGUCUUGUGUAGGAUUGACUCCACUGGUGCAAUCAUCUUGGCAGGCUUGGCAACAGCUGCCUUAAAUGAGGCCUCAUGCCAUAAAACCUGCAUAUGUUCCUCUGCCAGCUUCUUUGUGUACAGUCUCUGCAUCAGUUUGUUGUUCUUAGAUGACGUUGAUGUAGGGACCUUACAAAAUUUGUUCUCUAGUGUGACAUUGUUUUCUCUCUUUAUUCGCAUUUUUGUUCGGUCACACGCUUUUGAAGCAGUUUCGUAUCGUUCUCGUCCAUGCACUCGCGCCAUCUUUUCUGCUCUUGCUCAAUACCUUGACAGUAUUUGCGAACCCUUGAGUGAUAGUCCUCAAGAAGCACUCGGAUCCCUCGUCUGUCGUGCUGGGAUACUGCACGUCGCGCCAGCUCUGUGUUAAUCUAGGUUAUGUAGGGAGCACACUUGGAUAACACAUUAUUGUUGAGAAACCUAUGCUGAAACCGAAGCUGCGCAUAUGUAGAUGACUUCCGAAAGGUAAAUCUUUCCACUGUCGAGCCGAUCGGAGCACAUCGGGUCCAAAAUGAUUGUCAAUAAAGGAGAACAGGCAAGAUCCAGGAAGCGGUUCAGAUCUGGUGCAGGUGCAGACAUAGCGUCAACAUCGGAGAAAACGAGAGAUUACUUUGUACGCGGAUGGCUAAGCACGCCGCAGCAGUGACGACGAAUGACGAUAACUCACAGUUGACUGCUCAUUCUGCUUCAAGCGGGCGAAAUCCUUCCAAGGCGCGACAGCCGCGUUAGCCGGGAGCUGCCUAAAUCAUGUUUUACUGCCCCCUUGUCCAUCAACAAUUGCAACGAACGGAAAGUUGCUGCGGUCGCGAAUGAUUAACUAUAGCAGGACUGUAGUAUGGCAAGUGUGCAAAAUAACCGCCAGAAAGCAAUACGCGAGGUAGCCCUAGAGAGCAAACUUCGUAAGCUGCCUGCUCCAAUAUCAUCCAAGAACGAGAAACUGGCGCCCAACGUGUUGUCAAAGGAGCUGACGGAGGAUCAAAUGCUGUUUUUACAUCAUGAGGCUUCAUUCAACACAGCCGAUGCCAAACCUGCCAACAUGAUUGCAGCAGUGGAAUCAAUCCUCUGCCAGGCGGGAGCGAUAGACGAAACGAAAAAUCUAAUUCGACACCAAGUGUUCUCCCUCCUCAUGGCUCACAGGCCACGCGACGUGCAUUCCAAGGUCAAGCGCGGUGCACUUAAGGAACUGGGGCCGACAACGACAUCGUUAUCGUGCCUGCGGACAAGGGACGUUCAACAGUCGUAUUGGACAGGACAGUCUACAAUCAAAAAGCCGAAAGCUUGUUGUAGGGUCGUCGGUCCUACGUCCCAUGCAAAUCCAACCCCAUAAAAACUCUGACAUGCGAGAUUAACGCGACGCUGUUGGCAAUGGAGAACUCAGGUGCGAUAUCGCCAAUCGACCGACGCAUGGAGAGAGCACAAACUCGGCCCUAGCGCGAUUCUACAUUCUUCCAAAAGUGAACAAAGAGGGCACUCCUCUCCGGCCUAUCGUAUCACUAAAGGGCACUCCAACCCACGGACUGGCAAAGUGGCUGUUCCAACGUCUCAAGAUUCUGACCUCCGAUUCGAACACCAUAGUCACCUCGUCAACGCAAUUCUUGGAGAAACUUAAAGGAGUAAGUCUCCUGUCAAGCGAUUUCAUGGUUUCCUUUGAUGUCACGUCCCUUUUUACUUCUAUUACGCAGGAUCUGACAGUCGUGGCCAUCGAACAAUUCCUACGAGCGAAAAACGACGAAACGGAGAAUCGCCUCGGAAACGCCCAAAUCACCCAGCUCCUGAAGUUCUGUCUCGACACGUACUUUACGUUUGACAGAAGAAUCUACGAGCAGGUGAAGGGAACGCCAAUGUGUUCGCCGAUUUCGGGGCUCAUAGCCGAGGCGGUCCUAUAA